AUGUGCGAAUACACAGGGGACGCGAAAGACCCUCAACGCCACACUGAUAUUCAGCUGACUGAUGCUGAAAUUACUGAAUCCGUCAAGAAGAUGUUGGAUGAACCGAAGAAGAAGCCGCAGGAUAAACCGGCCAAACCGGCUUGUGCCAAAACCAAGGUCAACAAGAAGCCCGCCAAGAAGAAAACCACCGACUCCACCGAGUUAAAUAUUGACGAUGACGAUGAUAAUCAUGAGUCAGAGGAUGACGCAGAGGCUAGCCAUGCUGGUGACGCAGAGUCUAAUCGAAAUACUGAAGCUAUUCUUGAUGAUCCGCCACCGCAAGAUCAUGAAACCUUAGCUGAACAUAUGGAAGUUGAUCCGACGAUUCAUGCUGAUAAACCGCCUAGCCCAAUUAAAGCUGCUGAUGACAAAACUGACAACGUUGUGGUUACUGGGUUUGGUUACACAACUCCAGGCAACCCCACCGCUCUGUCAAAACACAGUGCCAAAGAAGAAAUCUCUGCUGUUGAUAAAGGCAAAUGGAAGGCUAAGCUUAUCAAGAAGGAAUCCCAAAUCGCCGACCUUCAAGAAAAUAUCAAAUCUCAACAAGCAGGGACUUCCAAAGCCAAGGAAGAACUGACCAGCGCCUUAGUAGCAAUGGAAAAACUGAAGGAGAGCUUCAAGAACGAGCGGGCAGGUUGGGAUAUAGAAAAGUCAACUCUGCUGAAGAGGGCUGAGGAUGCUGAAACGGCCCUCAGUCCGAUGUUUUUGAUGAUGCAGGAACUCGCGUUGCUCAUGUUGGCUCAGAUAUGCGGCAAAGACUGA